GUCUUCCAGGUUGGCUUGGCUGCGGAAGCGACUCCUGCCAGGGCGGGGUGGGGCACGGGAGGGCGGGGAGCGCGGCAAUUUCCGCUUCCGGUCCGUCGCCUCCUUCGGUUGCUUCCCGUCUCCUCGGCGGCUCCCCUCCCCCGCCCGGCUCUCCGCGCCCCUUCUGGGCGGCGGGGCGGCGGAGCCGUCGGCGUGCGGCCCUCCUUGCGUUCGUGCGUGCGCCCGUGGCCCGGCGCACGCCCCGCGACACCGAGGCCGAGCGGGGCAGGGGGCUGACCGCCAUGACCCCCCAGAGCCCGGCGUGAGGGGGCCGAGAGGUCCUCUUCCCCUCGCAGAUGCGGUGACCUCCCAGCACCUGCUGCAGCCUUCGUCCGGGAGUUGCCCCAUCUCUCCACGCAUCAGGGGCCCUGUGCCCCUUGCUGCUGCAGCCGGGCACCAUGUCGACCUCGUCCUUGAGGCGCCAGAUGAAGAACAUCGUCCACAAUUACUCAGAGGCAGAGAUCAAGGUUCGAGAGGCCACGAGCAAUGAUCCCUGGGGCCCAUCCAGCUCCCUCAUGUCAGAGAUUGCCGACCUCACCUACAACGUUGUCGCCUUCUCGGAGAUCAUGAGCAUGAUCUGGAAGCGGCUCAACGACCAUGGCAAGAACUGGCGGCACGUCUACAAGGCCAUGACGCUGAUGGAGUACCUCAUCAAGACCGGCUCGGAGCGCGUGUCGCAGCAGUGCAAGGAGAACAUGUACGCCGUGCAGACGCUGAAGGACUUCCAGUAUGUGGACCGCGACGGCAAGGACCAGGGCGUGAACGUGCGUGAGAAAGCUAAGCAGCUGGUGGCCCUGCUGCGCGACGAGGACCGGCUGCGGGAAGAGCGGGCGCACGCACUCAAGACCAAGGAAAAGCUGGCACAGACCGCCACGGCCUCAUCAGCAGCUGUGGGCUCGGGUCCCCCUCCCGAGGCGGAGCAGGCGUGGCCGCAGAGCAGCGGGGAGGAGGAGCUGCAGCUCCAGCUGGCCCUGGCCAUGAGCAAGGAGGAGGCCGACCAGCCCCCGUCCUGCGGCCCCGAGGACGACGCCCAGCUCCAGCUGGCCCUUAGUUUGAGCCGAGAAGAGCAUGAUAAGGAGGAGCGGAUCCGUCGCGGGGAUGACCUGCGGCUGCAGAUGGCAAUCGAGGAGAGCAAGAGGGAGACCGGGGGCAAGGAGGAGUCGUCCCUCAUGGACCUUGCUGACGUCUUCACGGCCCCAGCUCCUCCCCCGACCACAGACCCCUGGGGGGGCCCAGCACCCAUGGCUGCUGCCGUCCCCACGGCUGCCCCCACCUCGGACCCCUGGGGCGGCCCCCCUGUCCCUCCGGCUGCUGAUCCCUGGGGAGGUCCCGCCCCCACGCCGGCCUCUGGGGACCCCUGGAGGCCUGCUGCCCCUGCAGGACCCUCAGUUGACCCUUGGGGUGGGACGCCAGCCCCUGCGGCUGGGGAAGGGCCCUCGCCGGAUCCGUGGGGAAGUUCCGAUGGUGGGGUCCCGGUCAGUGGACCUUCAGCCUCCGAUCCCUGGACACCGGCCCCGGCCUUCUCAGAUCCCUGGGGAGGGUCACCUGCCAAGCCCAGCACCAAUGGCACCACAGCUGGGGGAUUUGACACGGAGCCCGACGAGUUCUCUGACUUUGACCGACUCCGCACGGCACUGCCGACCUCCGGGAGCAGCGCAGGGGAGCUGGAGCUGCUGGCAGGAGAGGUGCCGGCCCGAAGCCCUGGGGCGUUUGACAUGAGUGGGGUCAGGGGAUCUCUGGCUGAGGCUGUGGGCAGCCCCCCACCUGCAGCCACACCAACUCCCACGCCCCCCACCCGGAAGACGCCGGAGUCAUUCCUGGGGCCCAAUGCAGCCCUCGUCGACCUGGACUCGCUGGUGAGCCGGCCAGGCCCCACGCCGCCUGGAGCCAAGGCCUCCAACCCCUUCCUGCCAGGCGGAGGCCCAGCCACUGGCCCCUCCGUCACCAACCCCUUCCAGCCCGCGCCUCCCGCGUCACUCACCCUGAACCAGCUCCGUCUCAGUCCUGUGCCUCCCGUCCCUGGAGCGCCACCCACGUACAUCUCUCCCCUUGGCGGGGGCCCUGGCCUGCCCCCCAUGAUGCCCCCGGGCCCCCCGGCCCCCAACACUAACCCCUUCCUCCUAUAAUCCAGGGCGGAAGGGGGCCUGGCUCCAUCCGGCUGCCCCAUUCCGGCUCCCUGGGAGAUCAGUGUUGUGAGUGCAUGUGAAAUGGGGGAUCCCCGCCCCCAGUGCCCUUCCCCUUCCUGGGGCCCACUCACACUACACCCUCUUCCUUUCCCACCCCACCUCCCCGGAGAGAAACUGGACAUGGGGCCUGGGGAGGGGAGCUGGCCAGAGGAGGACCCCUUUCCCGUGGCAUUAGAAGGGGGAGGGGUGGCUGGGGCCCCCACCCAUUCCCCCUCCCUCCAAACUCCCAACCCCCAGUCAGUGUUUGAGCCUCCUUGUUCCCCUCACGCACCCCCUCACGCACCCUCGGUGAAUCCUUGGUGAUGAUUUUGGCAACUUUGGGAAUAAAUGGCAAUUCCCACGG